GUGUGUGUGUGUGUGUAUAUAUUCACCUCCAGUCAACUACUCUGUCAUUCAUAGACUCCCUGUUGAUACAAAGCAGAGAACCAAUCCAUAACCAGUCAACAUCUCUCUCUGUUGUGUUUCUGAUCUCUUAUCAGUUGAAAAAUCAUGGAGAAUCUGAUGGGUCUUCUCAGAAUUCAUGUGCAGAGAGGAGUAAACCUUGCUGUUAGAGAUGUCACUGGUGCCAGUGACCCUUAUGUUUUGUUCAAGAUGGGCAAACAGAAACUGAAAACUCGUGUGGUGAAGCAUAAUAUCAAUCCUGUGUGGAAUGAGGACUUGACUCUCUCAAUAUCAGACCCAAAUCUUCCAGUCAAUCUCACAGUUUAUGACCAUGACACAUUCAGCUUGGAUGACAAAAUGGGCGACGCAGAGUUUGAUUUGCGUCCAUUUCUUGAAGCUAUGAAGAUGGGGUUGGCAGGGCUUCCCAAUGGAACCAUAAUCAGAAAAAUCCAGCCAAGCAGGGAAAACUGCCUUGCUGAAGAGAGCUGCAUUAUUUGGAGUAAUGGCAAAGUGGUUCAAAAUCUGUUUCUUAGACUGAAAAAUGUGGAGCGCGGCGAAUUGGAACUGCAAUUAGAAUGGAUUGAUAUUCCUGGUUCAAGAGGUUUAUAGACUCGGAACAAUUGUAUUUGUAUCUGCAUAAUGUACAGCCAGGCUUGGUCAAGUGCUCUUUGUAAAACAAAGAUUUUUAUUACUCAAUGCCACAAGAAAGUACUGAAAUAAAAUAUCCUAUUAGACCAAGGAAAA